GGUAGGUUCGAUUCCUAACAGCGCUACUUGGUAGUCUUCGCUAUUUAGCUCAUCUCCCCCAUCCUAAUCUCACGUCCCAUUACGCCUAGAGGGGGUACCCAGGCACCUACGCCUAGCAGAAGAUAGAGGGCCUUAGGUACCUCCUAAGGCGUGUAGGUAGGUAGGUACCUCGCCUAGGUAGGCGCUUGGGCAGGUAGAGGUAUGUACCCACCUAACCUACCUCUAUGCCCCGUCGACGCCCUCGGAAGCUGACGACGUCCGCGCCAACUACCGCCGCUGUAAGUGUAUAGAACAGGCACAAGCAUGUCCCGUGGUCUACCUACCUGUUCUUCUCGUCGAAAAUAUACGAGUACCUACCUCUACCUACCUGUAAGUGGACUCGACUUCUUGACCGGAUUACGCAAUGUAACAUGAGGAUGGGCGAGAUGAACGGCCUCGAAGUUGGCAACUGCCCAAGAUCAAAGCUUGAUGUGUGCCACCUGCCUGGUAAUAAUGAGCCGUCUCUCCACGACCUAGGAAGCAAACCCGUCAUCCGCUGCGGCAUCCAAAUAUCCAUCGUAAAAAUUACCUACCUCCGGCCCACGUCGGUCACCGUCUUCGGCCAAUUCUCAACAUGCUACGCCUCCCGCCGACCACCCUGUCCUUGACCAUGACCGAGGUCAAGGAAUUCGAACACCAUCUUCGCUUCAAGAGGUAUCUCGACCGGGAGGAGCGUCCGGGCCAACUCCCUCUCCGCGCCGAGCGUGAGCGAUCGGCCGACCGCCCACCUCACGAAUUCGUGCAUCAGCCGACGCACCAGCCGACGCACGACGCCGCGCUCGGAAGCCCCGAUGGCACAGACGAUGAGGAGUGCCCCGAGAUUCCAGUUUGUUUACCCUGUUGGUCGCCUGGGUCCGGCCCCACGGACGUGUCGCCUUCUGUGGGCCGAGACAACCUGGUAUGGUCUCUCCCCCCACCGUUCUCGAGGGAAGCACGAUCCGUAUCAGAUAUACGGUCUCUGCCUUCGGCCCAGGCCAGCACGCAAGCGCCGCCUCGACGCGUCGAUCGCCGUCGGGAGCCGCCAGCAACGCCCUCUAGGCGAUCAUCUCUCAGAGACACGCACGCCAAUAUGGGCCCGGGCCCUUCGGCUCGUAGGGCGGAAGAAGGAUCGGCGGCAGACCCCGCCGAGUCUGUUGUCGGUUCUCCUAUCCACAGCUCUCCGCCGCUGUUAUUGCGCAUGGCCCGGCACGAUUCGAGGUCGCAAGAGGAGACGGAGCCUGCAGGUGGACAGGAAGUAGGCCAACUCACGAUCUAUAAUGACUUUCUUCCCGCGUCGUCGCAGCCGCAGACGCCCCUGCAGCUUCCAGAGGCUCGUCGCCAGAGCCGCCUUCGUGGGUCGUACACUGCUCCGGUCUUGCAUGCGCCCCGGCGACCCGGCCACCAACCGAGCAUUGGUACGAGAAGACAGGAGCGUGCCCGUGGCUCAUCCGGCUUCGAGGCCCCCAGGCUCGGAGGUCGGCACGGCGGCCGGGAGACUGCUGAGAACUCGGCGUCGUCCGGCGAGACGUCGAGGCGCCGGGGGGAGAAUGGGGAGUCCUAAUGGUGGCGGCGGAGAGGCGUGCUUUAUGAUGAUAUACCUUACCUAUAUUCAGCCUAGGCCUCGAGCUGUACCGUGGCUGCGUGGCUGCGCAGAAAAGGUUGCGACGAGGGUGGAGCUGGUGAUGAAGAAGAACGAAGUCUCGGCUCCAGGUGGACUUCGAAAUCGUGUCUAGUAGUGAUGGCCAUCGCACUUGGUACCUACACACGAGUAUCAGGUAGAAGGGAUCAGCAUGAUGAACCGAGUGCAUUUGCUGGCCGCCGGUCUCGUCCUGUCUGUUUUGAUUUUCUGUCUUCCGGUCGGUAGGUAGGCAUGCGUGCGCCCACCUACAUGUUAGCAUCGGGUAAGAUUCGGGAGAGGGACCUAUUACAUAAGAACCACCUUGUUGCAACAAUCGGGUUUCCCAC